AUGUCUCCAAGAAGAUCAGUUCGAAUCAACGGCAAUAGAAACAUCCACGUGGAUGCAGCUCCAGCACCCGCAAGGGGCGGAGGCCGAGGUGAUGGUCGACGCGGAGGCCGAUGUGGAGGCCAAAGCGGUAGGGGAGGUAGACAAGGAGCAUCGGUAGCACCGGUAGAUGAAGUAGCACUUGAACAACAACAACCUCCCAAUGCUCAAGCUGAGAUACUCCGAGAAAACGCUCGUAUACGUGAGGAGCUAACUCAAGAAAUUUCAAGGCUACGAGCUCAGAAUGAGGAGUUACGCCGGAAUCAAAAUCCACCCGUUAGAAACCUAGCUCUUCAACCAGCUGCAAUGAAUCCAGAACCAAUACAACGUUUUGAACCUGUGUACGAGCGAUUCAGGAAACAACAACCACCAAUAUUCAAUGGGAGCUCGGACUCACUUGAAGCUGAGGAAUGGUUGCGCUCAGUGGAGUCCAUAUUGGAAUAUAUGGACCUCAAUGAUAGGGAAAGAGUAUCCUGUGCUGCCAGCCUACUUAAAAAGGAUGCACGGAUCUGGUGGGAAGUAGUAAGACAGAGUCGCAACAUAACAACUAUGACCUGGUUGGACUUUGUUGAUGUGUUCAACAGGAAGUACUACAGUGCCGCCAUACUGGCUGCAAAAGAAGAUGAGUUUAUGAAUCUGAGGCAGAACAAUCUCACUGUCACGGAGUAUGCUAGGCAAUUUGACCAUGUGAAAAUCAUGGUGGGGACCAACACAGUUUAUGCUGAGGUGUUAGAGAAAGCUCUCGAAGCUGAGUUGCUCGAAAAUGAUAUAAAGAAGGAGAAUGCUGCUAAGUGGGAAGCCCGAAGAAACAAUGGAGGAAAUCAAGAGAAUAAGAGAAAACACGAGGGAAAUCACGGUAAUGAUCGUGAUAAAAAGGGGAAAGCAGUGGUCCAAAAUAACAACAAUGGGGUGAAAAGGUCCUAUGUAGAAUUUCCAAUUUGCCCCACAUGCAAUAGAAAACAUCUUGGGGAGUGUAAGAUGAAGUCAGGGGUGUGCUACAAUUGUGGGCAGCCAGGCCAUCUGAAGAAAAAUUGCCCAAAGGGACAAAAGAAGGAGAACCAAGCCGCUCCCGCUCGAGUGUUUGCUCUCACCAGAGGAGAAGCGGCCACAAGCAACACUGUUGUCUCAGGUCAGCUACUAGGUUGA